CCUGUCAGCGGUCAGUCGCGCCGCCACUCACCGCACUGCACUUAGCGCGCACUCGCUGACGUACUUGUUGCAUUAGUGCGCGGCUCUAGCGCUACACUUGUGUACACUAUUGUACAAUUUGUCACCUAUUAAUUUUAGCUUUUUAUAGCUUUUGAUCUCGUUGUGUGAUUAACGUACUAACCAUUUUGUUUUUCGUUUUUGUACUAACUUCUUUCUUUUUUGCGCAUGAGUUUUUAGCGUUUUCUCCCAUUGCAGUAUUGCUUUAUUAGGCCGCCGAUUCCCCAUCUCGUUUCCAUCCGAUGCAGACUCCUUUUUUCUCAGUUUUGCUUUUAUCUUACCGUUUUUGUUAUUUUAUUUUUCAAUUUUUUGUUGCCGUUUUUUGUUGUUUUUUUUGUGCUUUUGGUUUGCCUUUGUUUUGUUUUAGCUUCGUUCUAGCUUUUGCCACUAACCCCGCGGCCAUGUCAUCCGACCGGACGACGGUUUUGUUUGGAUGGACGAUCGCCGGCCUGAGAUGAUGUGAUGCAGAGCACGCACGCCACCGUCAACAUGAGCGCCGCGACCGCCACCCCUGGUCGCCUCCCGACCCCGGUUCCGGCCGCAGCCAGCCUGGCCCCAGGACAGCUCGGCCCCACGCCCGCCAUCCCCACCCUGAAGCAGCUGCAGGACCACCACAUCAAGGCCAAGCAGAUCGGCGGCGUGGCCUCCAACAACAACAGCACCACGGCCACCAACAACAACAACUACAAGUCGGGGAUGCAGCCUCCGCGUACGGUGCCGCCCGUGGUGCUCAAGUUGGACGCGGUGGAGCCAUCCACCAAGCGGACUUACUCCGUGUCCACCGCGCAGGCCGAGCCAGCCACGCCCGUGGCGGCUCCCUGCGACGGCCCGGCCGAGCCAGCGCCCAAGAAGGCACGCAAGCACUCGGAGAGCUCCGAGGCCCCCGGCUUCUCGCUCAAGGUCCCCGCCGGGCUGGCGGCCUCGGCCAUGACAGACGUGGGGCUCGGCGUCUCACCAGUCUUGCACACCCCCGGUGUGAUUUUGGCCGUGGAGCGGCCGCCACUGCCGGGGCUGCUGCCGUACCCGCCUCCUAACCCGUUCCUGGUAGGCUUGCCGCCGCCGCCGACCUCGCCGAUGGCGCUGCUGCCACCGUCCAGCUCCCCGAUGGUGCACCUACCGCCGCCGCCGAGGUCCCCGAUCUCGGCCCUGCCGCUGUCAGCGACGACGCCGUUGGGGUUGUUGCCGCCGCCGCGACCGCCGUCAGGUUCAACAGCGUCCAUGCCGCCCGUCAGCGCGCCGUCGCGUCCGCCAUCCCGCCCGUCGUCCAACGGCUCGACGGCGUCCUCGUCGUCGCGCAGCUCGGCGGCGGCGCGCACCAACCCUUCACAGUCCCCGCGGGGCAAGCGGAAGACGGGCAGCCGCCAGCCGGGCCCGGAGGAGAACCGGGAGGGGCUCCUAGACUGCGUCAAGCACGUGCCGGAGAACUUCCAGUCCGUGCUGCGCCAGCACAUCAUGGUCCAGCUCAUGCUGAGCCAGGCGCACUCGGCCUCGAGCGCGGCCGUGACGGCCUCGCUCCACAAGGCAGAGAUGAUCUCCAGCUACCAGCCGUGGGUCAUCCUCACGUACGGCGACGCCGCCAAGACCAAGACCAUCACGCUGGCCAAGUACGCGCGCAUCGUGCGCACGCUGCGCGGCGAGGAGGUCAACUCCGCCGAGAACUCCAAGUUCCGGUUCUGGGUGCGGUCCAAGGGCUUCCGCCUGGGCGCCCCCGAGCCGGACGGCCACGCGCGCAAGCCCGCCGACGACAUCCUGGGCAGCUACGGCAUCGACACGCGCUCCGGACACCUGUACGUGUGCGCCGACGAGGCGGGCCGCACCGUCCUGCCAGUGGACGCGCCGCCGCUCUACGUCCCCACCGGCACCAACAAGGAGGACGACGGCCGCAGCGUGCCCGUGUACAAGCGCGUCGCCGUGGUGGAGAACUUCUUCGACAUCAUCUACUCCGUGCACGUGGACAUCGAGGGGCGCGGCGUCAAGCACGCCGGCCAGAAAAGGACGUACCGAACGAUCACGGACUCGUACGCCUUCCUGCCGCGCGAGGCCGUCACCCGCUUCCUGCUGGGCUGCACGGAGUGCAACCGCCACCCUCGCUCGCCCGGGUCGCCGACGCCGUCCGUGACCGCCAUCACCAAGGACGACGACUCGGUGUCCGCGGACAGCCUGGCGGCCUCGUCCGGCGUGUCCCGCCUGCACCCGCUGCCGCUGGCGCCAGACCACACCGAGCUGUACAAGCGGUUCGCCGACCUGCCGCGCGAGAGCGGGGGCGUCACCAACGGCCUGCUGCCCUACACGUUCCCCGCGGACACGUCUCGGUCGCGGUACCUGGCCUCCUCGCCGUCCUCCCCUGUGUCGCCGGACUUGGCGGCGGCGUCGCGCUUCGCCUUCUCGCCACCCGCGCCGUCCGUCUCGCCGUGCUUGUCGCCGUCGCCGCUCAGCAGGCCGGCGGGGUCGGUGGGGAUCCUGUCGCGGAACGGCCCCAGCGCGUUCCACAGCCCCGCGGACCACGGCAAGCAGAACGGGCAGCCCGUCACCAACGGCCACGCCAACGGCCACGCCGACGGCCAGCAUGCCGACGACAUCCGGACGCGGAGCCCCGCCCUGGCGGAGGCUCUGCUGCUGCCGCUGCGAGAGGACGCCGCCAAAGGCGAGAGCCUGUUCAAGCAGCCGCUGCCCUCGGUCAGCCCCGUGUUCCUGCACACGCCGGCGGGCCGCAAGACCGACGUGUCGCUCACCCCGCUCACCCCCAGCGAGAAGCUGGCCAGCUCGCCGUUCUCCAUCGAGAACAUCAGCAAGAGCAGCCGCAGCUCCCCCACGCCGCCGGAGCACUUCGCCGUGCCCGAGCCGCCGCGGCCGCGCAGCCCCAAGUCGACCGGCCCGUCCGCGUACCUGCAGCCGCUCGAGACCGUGGCGCCGAGACUCCCCGUCGCCGAGCCCUCCUCGUCCACGACGGGGUCCUCGUCCGUGUGCGUGCCGGUGCCCGUGCGCGCCGUGCCGUCCGCGACUCCGUCGUCCUCCAUCAUGGCGGGCUUCGAGCCGGCCGCGGGCAGCGGGCUGCUCAACCUGCUGCUCAAGAGCGGCGUCCUGAGGAACCGCGGGCCGCGCACCGUCAUCCCCGAGGCCGGCGAGAUCGACCUCAACCUGCCCAUCACCACCACGUACCUCAAGUACAUGCGCAGCCUGGGCUACGCCGACGAGGACGCGCUGCAGAUCGACGUGGAGAUGAGCCUCUACCAGCACGUCCUGGGCGUGCCCCUCAAGGUGGUGGACGACUACCUGUAG